UGCAUAUACCUUGUCAAACGCAGCUACAGCGCACUAUCAUUGAAAUGUCUGCGAACGAACCCCAGCCUUUAGGAGCUAGCACGGCGGCAGCCGAUAUCUCAGCUCGCGAAGCGGCUUACCUUCCACCUUCCGAACUUGCUGUAAAGUUCGCGAAGGGUAUCCAUCAACAUCAGCCCGCCAAACCGCACGCCAGCGCAACUCAUGAGGGAAAGAACCCUCACUUGAUCAAGAAGAUCGAGGACUUCUACGUCCGACCCCGAUGGCUGUUUGUCCGAAUUGAGACAGAAGGUGGGGUUGUCGGGUGGGGCGAAGGCACCCUAGAGGGUCAUACCGAGUCCGUCCAGGGUAGCUUGAGAGACAUCGCCAGAAGACUGGAGGGAUGGGACGCCAUGAACAUUGAAGACAUCUACUCUUUCAUGCACCGGUUGCGAUUCUAUCGAGGCGGAGCUACUCUCAUGUCCGCACUUAGCGGAAUCGAUAUUGCCCUUUGGGACAUCAAAGGCAAGGUGCUUGGCGUCCCUGUAUGGGAGCUCUUAGGAGGCAAAGUCAGAGAGACCGCGCCUGUCUAUGGCUGGAUUGGCGGAGAUCGCCCCAGUGAUGUGUUGGAGCAGGCCAAGGUGCGAAAAGCUCAAGGCUUUACGAGAGUCAAGAUGAACGCUACGGAAUCCGUCGGAUGGUUAGACUCCCCUCAUGCUCUUGACGAGACGGUUCAACGACUUGCUGAAGUCAAGUCCAUAGGAAUGGACGCGGGACUCGACUUUCAUGGCCGCCUUCAUAAGCCCAUGGCUAAGCAAUUAGCAAAAUUGCUGGAACCUCAUCGCCCACUUUUUAUCGAGGAGCCUCUACUGCCUGGAUAUCCAAACGAGACGAAAGAUCUGUACAAUCAAAUUUCAAUCCCCAUAGCCCUUGGAGAGCGACUUUUCACCCGAGAAGACUUCAGACCAUACUUUGAACUCGGCUGCAUCGAUAUUGCACAACCAGACAUCGCUCACGCUGGUGGCAUCUCCGAGACGAGGAAGAUCUCGACCAUGGCAGAAGCUUAUGACAUCGGAAUCGCCCCGCACUGUCCUUUGGGACCUCUCGCUUUCGCUGCGUGUCUCCAGAUAGCUUUCUGCACGACCAAUUUCGUGGUCUGUGAAAUGUCAUGGAAGAUGCACUAUAAUACUGGCGGCUUUGACUUGUUCACCUACAUGCUCAAUCCUGAGGUCUUUGCAGUGAAGAAUGGUUCGGUAUCCCUUUUGGCUGGGCCUGGACUCGGAAUAGAGAUGAACGAAGAGUUGAUCCGAAAAGAAGCGGCCGAGGCUGCUACACUUGCCCCAUGGACUAAUCCCAUCUUCAGAGGUCCAGACGGAAGUGUGAGAGAGUGGUGAUCGGGGACUUGGCCGGCGAAUUUUCGGAUAUAUACCCCGCAUGAAUGUGUCCGCAAAAAAGGCCCGAAGCAUCCUCCUUCAACCAAAAG